AGAACGUUUCGGGCAGAUCAGUUGGCGAGAGUGCGUCGGCCCGAACGGAACAACGAAAAUUCGAAUUUUUCAGAACUGAAACGGGAAAAUCGUGGGUGAAAGUGAAAAUAGACGCUAUAAAUACAUGUAUAUAUAGCGCAAAUCCCAGAUAUACAUACACAAACUUUAUUAAAAGGCGUGAUAGCGCAUAUGUGGAAUAGACAGUGAACACGCAUAGCAACUAACGCCCAGAGAAAGUGCGAAAAACGCUCAACUGAUCGCUAAGAAAAGUUUAGAAAGUGACUAAAAUCAAUCGCAAUGGCUGAUAUACCGGAAGCUAUCAAGAAGUGCGCGGCCAUGUUAAAAGGCACGAAAAGCGAUACCGAAAAGUUUGCUGCCCUCUUCAUGGUAACGAAGCUAGUAAAGGGCAAGGAUUGUACUGCAGCCGCUAAGAAGCUGCUCUUCGAAGCAAUCGGUUUCAAUUUUCUCAAAAAGCUGCUCAAUGGCAAAAAUCUGCCCGACGAUUGCCCACCUCUGGUCUAUAAGAGUGUAGCGCUUUCCAUACUCACCUGCUUCUGCCAAGAAGAAGAACUGGCCACACACAAGGAUAUGAUCGAAGCUAUACCCACAUUGCUGGAGAUUGUUGAAACCGCCGAUGACGAUGACUACGAAGACAAUUUGAUUGUUGUGAGCGAGUCGUACAGUUGCCUCAAAAGCAUUGCCACCUAUGAGCCCGGUCAGCAGGCGCUACUCACCAUAGGCGCAAUACCCAAAAUGUCACAAAUCUACUCAGCGCAAAGUUUCCAAACUGACGAGGCACUGCAUUUGAUUGUGUUGUUGGUGAACAAGUUUGGCACCGCCUCCUGGACCGACGAUCCAAAGCCCUUCCAUGCACUCGUUCAGCGCAUAGCCCUUGACAUGGAGACCGAAAACAGCGAUCGCAAAUACGAACUCUGUAGUAUACUGUCGUCCAUACUCAUCACGUGUCGUCGUGACGUCAUUGUGAACACACUCGAGGGUGAAAUCUGGCCCGAGAGUAUUUUCAAGGCCGUCGGUGACAUAUUGAAGGCCAAAAUCGGCCCUAAACAACGAGAGCCAGCCUUGCAUUUGAUUGCGACCACAUUGCAAGUUCUCGGUAUACAAUGGGCUUUCAUGGAUGACCAAAAGCAACUCUUCCUAUCCAUUCUCCAACUAGCUGCUAUUGAAGUUCGUAUGCAGAUGGACGAAAAAAAGCUGGAGACUACGUUUAAGCGGGCCGAUCUCAUCACUUGCUGCUUCGUAAUCCUCGAACUGUGCAUUGAGCACAUGGCCAACGAUCAAAUUGACUUGGAGCCCAAGGAAAAGCAAACUACUUACUCAGCACUAAAGGGCGCUUUCAACCAGGUAUUGGCCGUGCUGACACGCGUCUCCCAAGACAAGAUCAAGGAUAAUGGCAGUCCGCGCGACAAGGCCUUCAUCUGCGCUAUUGUGCGCAUUCUCUCCGCUUGGCUGGCACAAGAAACGACCGCUAUGCGCCCAGCAAUCUACAAGAUUCUCCCAUUCAUGUUCAAGGUAUGCAACGAGUCAUUCCAUGACUUGAAGGCUUGGCGCAAUGGAACACGCGAAGGCGAGCCACCCGUUGAUGUGCUGCGCGUCAUGUUACCGGCGCUUUGUCACUUGGCUGUUGAGGAUGACGCACGUAAAGUUCUCUUUUCCACUAAGCAAGAUGAAGUUCUCUUGGAGCAAAUCGAGUUCUACUUUACCAUUGCACACUACAAGCGUCCACCAAUACCACGCGCCGAGCGUCUGAAGCGCAUGAAUGAGCCAGACCCCGUGCCUACACCCAAACAGUUGGAAGAGAUGAAGGACGCACGCGCAGCUAUCGUUUCACUUUGCAACAUUUUAAUGAACUUGACUGUGCUGGAGCCAAAACUGGCCGAAGACUCACCACUCUUUGCCAACGUACUUAAGUUUGUUGUAGAGAAUCUUCCUGAACUGAAGGACACACCCGACAAUCUGGUCAUGCACGGACACCUUGCCGUGCUCGGCUUGCUGCUACUCAAACAGCAGGCCAAACGCGUUAAGCAGAAUGAUUUCUCCUUCUGCCGUUACAUUCAGGCCACAAUUCGUUUUCUCUGGGACGCCUACAACAUCGAUGAGUCGAAUGAUCCUACCGCUUUGGUGGUGUCCAUCGCUUACAAAGAACACUGGAUGGAGAUAACGGAAUUGUGGUUCCUCGGCAUGCAGACCAUAAGCGGCGUGCUCGCCUUAGUACCUUGGCUGUCGGAGUUCGCCAUCGAGUCAGGCUGGGCUGAGGGCAUCGUGCAAACCUUGAAGAAGGUCAAAAUUGGCACUCUGCCACCCAAUGUGAAGUCCGCCUACGAGGACUUACUUUCGCAAUUGGUCGAAGUGAACCCGUCAGUGGUGGCGGUGUUGAAGAAGGCCGAUGCUCUGCGUGUCUGCCGCAAUCACCGAAUGAUGGACUUGGGCAAGAAACUUUUCGGUGAUUAGAUAAAAUCAAUGACAGUUGACGCAUGGCGCAGCAUCCAGACGUUCACUUCACUUUAAUUAAAUGAACUGAAGGAAGUAGGGUUGAGAAUUUGUAACAGACAAAUAUUUUAGUAUAAGUAAAAUGAGGAACCAUUGUAAGAUUAAGAAACUUUUUUGAAAAGAAAAAAAGAAUGCUUUUUUUGUAUUUUUGGACUUUAUUUCGCAUAAACUGUAUUUGUAUUUACUGGUUUUUAUACAUAAUUUAAGCGAAAAUACGACUUUGUAAGGAGGAGAAACAACGAAAGCAAAAGAAUAAAAAUAAGAAAUAAAUAAAAAUAAAAAAACCAUUAAUAAAUUAA